AUGAACCAUUCAAAGAAAACAAAGCAGAUGAAUGCUGAUGGGGCUAUGGGAAUGCACUUGCAAGAAGAAAUAACUAUGGACAUUCUCAGCAGGCUACCUGUGCAGUCUCUUCUUCGAUUCAAAUGUGUUUCAAAGUUUUGGAUGACAUUAAUCUCCGAGCCUUACUUUAUGAUGAAGCAUCUCCAUCAUGCAAAGAAUAACCAAAACUCCCAAAAAAUUCUUGUUCUUAACGGCAAGUUCUCCUUGUAUUGUUCUUCUUUAUCGUCGGUUCAAUUGGCUGAGGAUGUACAUAAACUUGAUUGGCCUUCUAGCGGUAAACCAUGGAGAUGCAAAAUAUAUGGUUGUUACGAUGGCUUGGCUUUUAUCGGGUUUCAUAAUUGUCCCGAUACAGACCUCAUAGUACUUUUGCUAUGGAACCCCUCCACAAGAGAAUCAAUAGCACUUCCUCCUCCAGAAUUUCCACCGGAGGACUUCUGUACUUGGGGAUUGGGAUAUGACUCAACUAGUGAUGACUAUAAGAUCCUUAAGAUUGAUCUCAAAGCACACAGUGAAAUUCUCGCGCUGAAAAGUGGUUCUUGGAGAAAAAUUGAUAAACAUCCUACUGGCAUUUACCCCGUGUCGUUGGCUAAUAUGGACACUCUGGCAUUUGUACACGGAGCAUUUCAUUGGCUUGGUUUGUCACUGAAAAUCUGUGGCUUCAUUUAG